UGUUGCCGGUUAUACAGCACAGACAGACAGACACAACUAAUUUUCCUCCUGCAGCUUCCAUGCACAUUGGCAGUGCCAGUGUGUUUUAAACAAGCAGGGGUGGAAGUGCAGGCGACAGAGAAAGGGAGUUGCCUACUAGCAGAGGUCAGGCAGGCAGGCAGAGGGGAAGCUGGUGGAUGUUUUUAAGAGUUUGCUUAUCUGACACUGACAGCAGGAUGAGAAGCUGAGUGAGGGAGCAGAGAGGGGAGAAAAAUAUGGAGCGAGCAGAUUUACCUACAGUCCAUUUACAUAGGAGACAUAGGAGAGACAGGCACUGGCUGCUCUGAGGGGGUGAAAAGAGUGAAGGCAAGAAAGGAAAAGAGUUAAAUAGUCCACUUUGUCCAUUCUGUCCAAAGGAGAGGGAGCGAGAGCAGAGGGAUCGUAACACUGGAGCUCAAGGAUAAACCAUGGACUCUGCAUACAUCCCACCACACCUGGACGUCCACCAUGUUCCCUGCUAACCUCCUGCUCCUCAUGGUCCUGCUGCUACCUCAAGCCUCGUCUGGUCGCCAGGGUGGAGACACCAGCAAGAUUGACCAUGGCAGGGUGUCCCCCAUGCCAACUUCCUUGUUGCACCCACCAGCCGGUUCCCUCCUGGAGCCCAGUCUGGCUCAGACCAUCCAGAGUCUCCUCCUGAGCCGGCUGGGCCUGCAGUCGCAGCCCGACCCUCGGCCUGGAGUGCCAGUGCCCCGGUACCUCCUGGAUCUUUACCGCUUCCACCAGCAGCAGUACCAUCUAGUGGAGGACCCCUCAUUUAGCUUCCCCAGUCAGCACAUCCAGCAGGCCAACACCGUACGCAGCUUUCACCACAAUGAGCCCCUAGGAAACAGUCCCAAAGCAGAGGAUCAUAAGAGGGUGCGCAUCUUCUUCAAUAUCUCCUCCAUCCCUCAGGAUGAGAGGUUGCUCUCCGCUGAACUUCGGCUCCUCCGCAGUGACAGAGCCUCCCUGGGCCCCGGGCCCCACAGACUAAACCUAUACCUCUCUGAGCACCACGAGGACCUGGAGCCCACCCUGUUGGAGACAAGGUUACUCACCACUGGCCUCCAAAGUCAUAAAGGAAGUGGUUUCUGGGAGGCUUUUAGCCUAAGUGCAGAGCUCCUCCAUAAGGCUCUUGCUGGGAGUGGCAGCCUGGGCUUCCUCCUGGAGGUCAGACCUGAGAACAGCACCUCCUCGUUCCCUGACCAUAGCCUCUCUUCUGCUGCCAGCGAGGAGGAAGCAGAGAAGCACAGAGAGGGACACCUGAGGGUAUGCAGGUCUGUGGGUCAGGGCGAGCAUAGCUGGGCCCAGGAGAGACCCCUCUUGGUUACAUACAGUCAUGACGGGCGUGGAGAGCCUUUAGUCAAACAUGGCAGGAGGACCACAGGUAGCAGCCAGAGGAUGAGAGGGAAAAAAGGGACAAAAGAGAGGGCAAAGAGCAGCAGCAGGGGCCGCAAUAGGGACCAAGCCUGGGUAAUGGGCAAAAAAGCUGUUUAUACAGUGCCAGGUUGGGGGGGUGAUAAAGGUGGGGUCAGUUGGAGCGAACGUGGAAGGGUGAAAAGAAAUGGUGGUCGUGCUGCGAAACUGAAACGCCUUUCUCGUAACAGAUGCCGCCGUCAUCCUCUGUAUGUAGAUUUCAACGAUGUGGGCUGGCACAAGUGGAUCAUUGCACCCAGUGGCUAUGACGCCUUCUUCUGCCUGGGAGAGUGUCGCUUUCCUCUGGCCGACCACAUGAACUCCUCUAGCCACGCCAUGGUGCAAACUCUGGUAAACUCAGUGAAUGGAGCAGUGCCCCGGGCCUGCUGCGUCCCCACCUCCCUCAGCCCCAUCGCCCUGCUCUACCUGGACCCUCAAGACCGAGUGGUGCUGAAGAAUUACCAGGACAUGGUGGUGGAGGGCUGUGGCUGCAGGUAGUGGGCUAGAAAACUCAUGACAGAGAAAUCCAGACGUGGAUGGAGAUGCAUUGAGUGAGAAGACAGAAGCAUGAAAAGGCAGAUGGCGGGAAGAAGAGACUGUAGAAGCUAGCUAACUGCAAACAGUUAGAGAGACUGAUAGAGACAAAUGUGGCAGCAUGAGAAGGAUGAGUGGAGAGGAGGGAGGUAAGGGAAUGGAUAUAGCAGCUAAAUCGUCAUUUUCAGGAGCAAGAAAAGUGUCAGACGUAGAAAAAUAAAGAAAAGAGUGAGAGGAGACACACAUUAUUUACCACACAGCAGGAUAAAUUAUUUGACAAUAAGGCAGAGGGAGAAGUGCAAGCAGAAAUAUGGUCAACACAGGUAAAUUGCCAGGAAAUACUUUUUGCUUUUUCCCAUUUAGCGAUGUUGUAGCUGUGUAAAUCAUCAACUGACAGGCUACUCGUUGUCUCAUGAGAAGCCAGUGCUUUAAAAUCAAAAGGUGUCUAUUCUAUAUUCAAGUGUUUGCCACUCAUCUCACUCUAAUACAAUUGUCUGACGGACACAUUCACAUGUGUUUAACUGUUGUGGAGGGGAGUCGAAAUGGUAAACAGUCAGAUUAGGCAGUCGUGGACAUGCAUUUUAAGCUCUGGAGCAGAGUUUACACAAUUCUGUAUCUUUCUGAUGGACGUACUGAUGAUCAGCAACAUUGGCAAUAUGAUGAUGGCACCAGCACGGCAUCUAAACUUCGUGUGACAGUGUUGUUUCUGCAGUAUUUAAACUAAGAAGUAGGGUGCAUCUGUUUUUAUGACAGUUAACAUAAUGACAGACUGUCCCUUACAAGCACUCCUACAUCACAAGCUAUUUAAAACCACAACAAUAAUGCUGAGGAACUAUUAUGCUAUUGUUUGAAUGUACUACUAUCACUAUUAUUUAAAAAAAAAAAGAGACUUUUUUUUGUACAUUAUUUUGCAAACGUGAAGAAAAUCCAGGUGACGGUUGUUUCGUGAUUAUACAUAGUUCCACUGAAUGGCAGUUCUAACUUAAAUGACACAUUAUGUAUUUAAAUAACAGCAAUAUGGUGUAUUUAAUCUUGAAAAUAUUUAAGAUAACUGCACUCAACAAAGCAUACAGAAGACUGAAAGCCUGCCGUCCACAUGAAGUAAGUUAUGGUAGCUUUACAUCCGUACAAAUGUUCAGUGUAUUGAAUUAACAGUCUGUGCUACUUCAACGUCCCACCUUGUCAUUAAACACAUUUUGGUGUUCAACACAUGAUAGCAGACGUAAGUGGUGUUGCCUUUAAAAGCUCAACUAACAAGUCAGUUGAAAGCUCUAUGUAUUGUAGCUACUGAAGUGUGUAACAACGAGUGUCUUUGCUAGCCGUGUCUGCAUGUGUCAAGAAAACAAAGGAAGGACUGAUAUUAAAACUGGGACUUUAGUGCCUUUCAAACAGGGGCUUUAAUAGUGUUCUCUGCUGAGCUUAGUAAUUGUUUUUCAGUGUUGUAUUUUUCUUUCUAAAUGGAAAUAUUUAAGCAAAAGCUUGUAAAAUGUUUGACAAUAUACCUCUAAUA